GCGGGGCGCGGCGCGCAGGCGCAGGCGCGGAGGGCGGGCGGGCGCGCGCGGGCGGAAUGGGGACUGCAGCUGCGGCGGCGGCGGCGGCGGCGGCGGCGGCGGCCGGGGAGGGGGCGCGCAGCCCGAGCCCCGCCGCCGUGUCGCUCGGCCUGGGCGUGGCCGUGGUGUCGAGCCUGGUGAACGGGUCCACGUUCGUGCUGCAGAAGAAGGGCAUCGUGCGCGCCAAGCGGCGAGGUACUUCCUAUUUAACAGACAUUGUGUGGUGGGCUGGCACAAUCGCAAUGGCAGUUGGCCAGAUUGGAAACUUCCUGGCGUACACGGCAGUCCCCACGGUCCUCGUAACUCCCCUGGGCGCCCUUGGAGUGCCGUUCGGGUCCAUUUUAGCUUCCUAUCUCCUGAAGGAAAAGCUCAACAUCUUGGGCAAGUUGGGGUGCCUGCUAAGCUGUGCAGGCUCUGUUGUGCUGAUCAUCCACUCCCCAAAGUCUGAGAGUGUGACGACUCAGGCUGAGCUGGAAGAGAAGCUGACCAACCCAGUGUUUGUGGGCUACCUGUGCAUCGUGCUGCUCAUGCUGCUGCUGCUCAUCUUCUGGAUCGCGCCAGCCCACGGGCCCACCAACAUCAUGGUCUACAUCAGCAUCUGCUCUUUGCUGGGCAGUUUCACCGUGCCUUCCACCAAGGGCAUUGGGCUGGCGGCCCAAGACAUCUUGCACAACAACCCAUCCAGCCAGAGAGCCCUCUGCCUGUGCCUGGUGCUUCUGGCCGUGCUCGGCUGCAGCAUCAUCGUCCAGUUCAGGUACAUCAACAAGGCGCUGGAGUGCUUCGACUCCUCGGUGUUCGGGGCCAUCUACUACGUCGUGUUCACCACGCUGGUCCUGCUGGCCUCGGCCAUCCUCUUCCGGGAAUGGAGCAACGUGGGCCUGGUGGACUUCUUGGGGAUGGCCUGUGGAUUUACGACCGUCUCCGUGGGGAUUGUCCUUAUACAGGUGUUCAAAGAGUUCAAUUUCAACCUUGGGGAGAUGAACAAAUCUAAUAUGAAAACAGACUAGAUUGCAGUAGGGGCUUGGAUGGUUCGAGGAACAGGCAUUGGAGGUAGUCCUGAUGGGAUGUGAAGAAGAGGUCCUCGAUCUUGGUGUUAGGAGUUGACUGGAUGGUAAAGGUGGUCUGGUGGACAGGGGGAGUGGGGCUUAGCAAGAGAGCAGAGGCCCAGCCAGCCCUCUGCAGCCCAAAAGUGACCAACGGUUGCCUGGCACCAUGUCUCAUAUGAGACAAAUCUCAUUUUCAUUUCCAUUAACCAGGAAGCUUUCAUGAAUAUUCUCUUCUUUUAAAACAUUUUAACAUUAAACAGAAAAAGAUGGGCUCUUUCUGGUUAGUUGUUACAGGAUAGCAGAGAGAUUUUUACUUAGAUUACUUUGGAAAUGAGAGAUGUUGUCUUGAACUCUGGUUUACAGUGAAUGUGUCUGUGGUUGUCUUAGUUUGCAUUAAGCAUGUAUAACAUUCAAGUAUGUCAUCCGAGUAAGAGGCAUAUACAUUAAAUUGUUUUUAAUCCUCUGACAAGUUGACUCUUCGGCCCUCACCCCCACCCAAGACAUUUAAAUAGUAGAGAAGAGUUAAUGAACAUGAUGGAGUGUUCCACCGGCAGGAUGACUUUUCAAUAGCUAAAAUCAAUUUCAGUGCCUUUAUCACUUGAAUUAUUAACUAUUACUGUGUAUAUGUUCUUAGGUUAGAAUAAUGCAACUUCCUUGAGUAUGCUUUAAUAUUUCAGUAUUCAAGUUACAAAUGUACACGGCAGUUAGAAAUAAUGCAGUCACAUGUCACUUAGUGACAGCAAAACAUUCUGAGAAAUGCAAUGUAAGUGGACUGUAUUGUGUGAACAUCAGGGAGUGCACUUACACAAACCUCGAUGGGACACCUCUUACCUACCUGGAGUGGAUGGCACAGCGUGUGACUCUACUGAAUACUGUGCACAAUUGUAACACAGUGGUGAGUGUUUGUGUUUCCAAACAUAGGAAGGGUACAGUAAAACUACAGUAUUACGAUCCUACAGGAUCACUGUCAUGUAGGUGGUGUGUCUUUGACAGAAACAUGUUUACAUGGUGCAUGACUGUAUAUUCAUUGGAAGAUAGUCAAGACUAAAGACACAUUAGAGCAAAGUGACCCGUUUAACUUGGUUAUUGUUCAAUUAAAGACAGUUGAUUUAAGUAGCAUGAGAUAUUAUUUUAUUUGUAUUCAAUCUAUAUACCUGGGAUUCAGUAUCAAAUAAAUCCACAUUCUUUAUCAGGAAGCAUUUAUGGCCUUUCAGAGGAAAUAAAUUCUGUACCUUGAUAAUAAAGCUAAAUGGGAGAGUACCUGUUCAGUAGCUCAUGGAUCGAGUUCCCUGUCACAGAGGAAUAAGUUAAAGGACACAAUUGAGGUUAGGCUAGUUUCCAAAAAUCAUAACAAACACUUUUGAAAAGAAUUUCUAGCAAAAAAACCAAUGAAUAUAGCCAUCUCUUUGUUGUUUGCAAUGGCAGAGCAUCCUAGAGUUCCUCACCUAAACUCUCAUUAUAUGUCCUAAAUGCAAAAGAGCCAUUGAUUAUGCCAGUAUUUGAAUCAAAGAGGCCAUUCUUCUGUCUGUCGUAACCAUGCAUGUGUUCCAAAUGGAGCAAAGCAUGAAGUGAUGCAAAUGUUUCACCACAGGGAACAAUGCCAGGCUGAAAGAUGGGGUUGGGCAAAGUAAAUUAGGUAAAGUAGAACAUAACAUUUAAUAGUACCUGAUUAAAACUCUUCAGUAAGAAAAAAAUGUGUUUUUAUAGGCAAAAGGAACAUUUCUAAAGUGAAGUCUCCAGGAAUGGCUUCCUAAAGUGUUGAGUAAAGAGGUGAAAUAAAAUGAGACUAGUUUAAUACAGAGAGAAAUCACCUUAAAUCAAAAGUGUACGUGAUGAUCAUGGGUUGUCAGUAAUUUGUGAACUAAGAGCAGCAACAAAAUCAUUUUUAGAAAUUUUAAAUCCUCUAUUAAUGGAUGGUUAACAAUGUUCAAAGUCCGUUACCCCUUUUAUCAUCAGUGCUUUUGGGAAUGCAGGCCUUAAGUUAUGGAACUGAACUUUCUGAAAACAUAGUACAUCAGUCAGUGUACUUGUAGGCAUAAAAAUGGUUUCCUAGGUCAGGAGCGUGAGCUAUUCAGCGAAUACAUGUGGUUAACAAAUGUCAUGAGAAAGCUCAUGUAUCACAUGAAAAUUACCACGUUUUACCACAGCUUUCAUGUGGGAUUUAAUUAAAUGCAGCCCUUGGUGUACCUUAUUACACUUUAGUCCACAAGUAUACCAUUGAUACUGAGACUUGGUAUUUUCCUGAUCUUUUCUAUAAUGUUUUUAAAGUAAAAUCUCAAAGUACUAAUAGCUAUUCUCCCCUUGAAAGUGACUGGUCCUGGGACAGCUGGAAUCUUCCAGGGUUACCUCCGUUCAGCCGAUACUUCAAUAGGGUACAUAGCUCUUCUUCCAGGGAAACAAAGUUCAUAUCAUCCAUUGUUUUUCAAGCACGUGACACUAGCCUCAAAGUAAAUGACAUGACCAGUGGUUGAACAGUCUAAUUUUCAAAUUUCAUAUAGAGCAUAUAACUUCUGAUUUAAUCGUAUUUAUUUUAAAAAUCUAUGUUUUCACCAUUCAUUUGGAAACAAACAAAAAAAAAAGCCCCAAGUGAGAACUUUGGGAGAAGGCCUAGAACAUGGAUAGAUUUCUUAGUGGCCUUUCCAAAAGUAAAUGCACUUGAAAUAUUUUCAAAUUAUCAUACCGUUCUUUGAAAAAAAAGAUGCUUACUGUAUACUUGUUUUCAGGCAUCCUCUAAAAUCAAAGGUUUUGAUCACAACAUGCAGAUUUCCUCUUGCUAGAUACUGAAAUAGGCCAUUUCUCUCUUCCUCUUGGGCAAUGCCUUGUUUUCUUCUCUGGGUAUUUGCAUUUUAAAGAUUGCUUCCCGUUCUGCUCAUUGAUCAAAGGUAGGGCCGAUUAAGGAUUCUAAUCCUAACCCAUCACCACGAAGGCCCCCGGAACAUCUUCCUGGUUGGCAGGACCUUGCCAUCUCUGUGGAGAAGGUGCUGGGGAGGACAGCCCUUCCCUGCUGCCUGGAGCGAGGCCUUGCCCAUGCUGGGGACGUCGGGGGAGGAAUCUGGUGUUCUGGGGGCCUUGCUCAGCUCUCAUUGCGGUCUUUUCCUGUUAGAAUGUUAGUGAAAUAGACUUCGCAGCUCUCUGUUCAGUGAUGAGGAAUGUUCUUUCAAUUCCCGCUCUUCACGCCGAUUUGCUGUACUCAGUUGUCUUUCCAGAAGUUGAUACCAGCGGUAAUAUGUUGGCGUUUGUUCUUCUUUGGUUUUCACAUCUGUUUUCUGAGAGAAGUGAGCACUAUUCACUUGUGCAGUCGUCUUUCCUUCUUCCUAGAUGGCUCAGCCCUUUUAAAUGUUGUGUUCAACUUCUACAGGCCAGUUCUAGACUUGGACAGGCAGUGUCUCCCAGGUGUGCACAGACACCUGGUCUGUGGAAAUAGGUGUGAUGGCCACAGGCUCCUGCCCUUCCGUCUGCUCGGGAGAUUCCUCUUUUUCUAGCUGCUCAUCUCACCCAGAAGAGGGUAGAGAGUGCUCCCAUUGUUCCCAGAGCCCCUCCCGCCACGCCGAUGCCUGCGCGAUCCUGGCUUAGGCUUCCUGCCACCAAGUAGGAGAGUAGAAAGAGAACAUUUCCGCUUAGGUCUGUUCAUGACUGCAUGGAUUAGCUUCCGUGUUCUGAAGUUCUCCUUUUCACGGUGUCGACACCAAGGGGGUUGUUCACCCGUCAGGCAGGAUUGGAUGGACUCUUGGUGUUUCGCCUUCUCAGGGACCAAAAAUGUAUCAUUGACUCCUUAACCUCGACCUUCCUCCCAAGGACAUGUCCAUGUUCAUUUUUCGUAGGUUUUACUCACAUUCAUGGGUAGAUUCUGUUAAUGUGAGUUGGAAAGAAAAGACCAGUUUGUGCACCAGUCACACCACAAGGCAGUUUAUCAUAUAAAAUACCUCAAUUUUUUGUAUUCCUCAUUCCACCUCACAGUUGUACUGGUGAUGAAUUUUAAGGGUCUGUCCUUUAGCUUGUAGGUGAUGUUUCUCAUCUGGCCAGAUUCUUAUACCUCCAUUGUAUACUUGAAAAGGUUCAGAAUUACAGGAAUAGCGAUGAGAAUUUGGCCCAUUACCACCACUCAUUUAUUUUCAUGCAUAUUCCUCACAUGCAACGAAAUAAUUGUAUUUUAAGAAAAUGUAACUUUGUUACAUCAAAAUCUCUUGUCUAGUAAAAAGUUGAUAUUCUGUAGAACAAGGAUCAUGUAAAUAAACGUCUAUUUCACAUGUACCCAAAGCGUUUAAAAAGCAGUCUAGAGCCCAGAGCAUAAGCCAGGGAGGAGGAUGUUUUUCUUCUUUUCUCUGUUUUUCCCUGAAUUGUGCAAACAUAGGUGAGUCUCUUAACCUUUCUGUGCCUCAGUUUUUCUACCUCUAAAGGGGUGGGAUGGUUCUCCAAAUUGUUUCUAAAACUCCAGCACUUUCAGUGGUGUUCUGGUGGCCUGAGAGGAGAGCGCGGUGUCCGGAAGUGCCGAACGGUGGCAACUCCACUUGCACGACCACGGAACCUGCACAGCCUCGUGUGCUGAGAGGGCAAAGGAAGUGCUGGGUGUAAAGUUUGCAUGAUUCCAUGAAGCUUUAAGUUUCCUUUUUUUGUUUUAAAAGAAAGGGUUUAUAUGUUCUAUUGUAAAAUAUGGAAAUUAAACAGGGACUUGAUAAAGUCUCACUGAAAGACCACCUUCCGAUGAUGUGAUGGGCUCCUCUGACAUUCGGCCGAGGUCUGUGUUCUGAACAAGGUUUAAUGGCCUGUGAAACAUGUAGAUGCUGUUGCACUGAAUUUGUAAUAAAUGAUACUGAACUUCCUGCUUCCAAGCAGCUCAACCCUGAUGAUGAACUGACCCCAGGCGAAUGUCAGGACUCCCAAACCACUAGUGCCAAAGGGUCAUGUUGAAAAGUUCAGAAUAUUUAUUUGUCAGAAUAUAAUAAUUGCCCUCCACCUUAGUAUUUUUGCACUUUACAAAAAUUUAGAUACUGUUUUUCAGUAGCUUGUGUGUUUUGCCUUUUCAAAGGAUAACUAUUAUUUUCUUGAAAAAUUGAAUAUAAUCAUAAAGGAGAGGAAGAUGAUAAAAAUGUCAAAUGUUGAUUGGUUGUUUAAAAGUCUUGUCAUGUAAAUGUGUUGGGGAGUUUCCAAUUAGCAUACAUACACGCGUUUGUCAGUUGCUAAGACUUGCUUCUAUUUUGCUUUCUAGUUGUAGUCAGAGCAUGUUGUUAUUGCCUUAUGUAAAUAAAAAGGCUAUUAAGUUUUCCAGUAAUAUUUAUUAAUCUGUAUGUGUUCUAAAAUAAAAUAACUUAUUUCUAGCUGAA